UAUCCAUUCACGGUUGGGAUUUUCCCUUGCAGAUGACUCGAAUUGCACAUGUCGAUUUACACACACGUCCCUCGCUCGAGCUCGCUCAAACUUGAGCCUGUACUUGUAUUAAAGUGGAAGUUGUGGCAGUAGCAGUAUAGCUUGGUCUUCACUGAUUUAAACUUGCGAAGAUGAAAAUUUUGACAUGGAAUAUUAAUGGGCUCCGAGCUUGCCGAAUUCCUCUCAAGGAAUUAUUCACCAAUCUAGACGCGGACAUUAUAUGUCUUCAAGAGACGAAGAUAACAAGUAAGUACAGAGAUCAACUAGAUAAUGAUUUAGUUAAUGUGGAUGACUACAAUGCUUACUUCAGUUUCUCCAAGAAAAGAAGUGGAUAUUCAGGUGUAGCAACUUAUUGCAAAAAUAGCCAUACGCCUGUGAUUGUAGAAGAAGGUUUGACUGGCUUUCUCUCUCGUGGAUCCAACCAGAGUCUUAUUGGUUGCUAUGGAGACCAGUCUGAGUAUACUCCAGAAGAGUUGCAGUCUAUUGAUGCAGAAGGCAGGACCAUUAUCACUCAGCAUCAAUACAGGAAGAAAGAUGGUACGACCGGAGAUCUUGUCAUAAUCAACGUAUACUGCCCUCGCGCAGAUCAUGAUAACCCUGAGAGGAUUAGCUUUAAGAUGAGAUUCUAUGGUAUCUUGCAGCUCCGAGCUGAGGCCUUGCUGCAGUCUGGAAAAUCUGUUGUGAUCGUAGGUGAUGUGAAUGCUUCACACAGGCGUAUUGAUCACUGUGAUCCAAGUGGUAAUGGGGGUAAAUUUGAAUCUCAUCCAAGUAGGAGAUGGCUAGAUGGAUUCUUGAAGGAUUGCAGUUGUCCAAAGGAGGAAAAUACAUCACCAUCAUCUCCAGACCAAGAGUUAAAUGAUAAAGAGAGGCAAUCCCACAAUGACAGUAACAUUGACAAUGAAGAUUUGCCAUCAAAAGAUAACCUCUUUGUAGACACUUUUCGCUACUUCCAUCCAACACGGGAGAAUGCAUUUACCUGUUGGUCCACUCUAACAGGGGCUCGACAGACAAACUAUGGGACAAGGAUUGAUUACAUUAUUGCUGAUGAGCGGUUGUGUAUUGAUGAGUUGACGGAGUGUGACAUUAUGCCUGACUUUGAAGGAUCUGACCACUGCCCCGUCAAGGCCACUCUACGAGGUGGCUGCUCCCCAGCGGAACAGCUGCAUUCAUUGUGUGCCAAGCUCAUGCCCGAGUUUGCAGGGAAGCAGCAGAAAUUGUCCAACUUCUUCCAGAAAGUGUCUCCUUCCAAGAAGUUUGAGAUCCAUGGGAAGGCUAUGUCCGGGGAGAAUCAACAGGGAGGUGGGUCCAGACUGGGUGUUGGUAAGCGAGAAGGGCAGUCCUUGAUGGGUAACUCAAGUAAAAGGUCCAAAACUGAUGCCAAGGUGGCCAAGACAGGGAACAUUGCAAGUUUUUUCAAGAAAAAGGUAGAUGCAAAACUCCAAAGCCAGACUGACCUUGAAAUUCACAAGGUAUUUACCAGUCUGGAUGAUCCCAGUUCACUGCCAACCAGUCGAAGAAGUGUCGGAGACAUCAACGGCAGUGUUGGUUCUCAAAGUCGUGUUAGUGACAUUAUUGUUGAUACUGGCAUCUGUAGUUCCAAUGACUCAGUGCCUGAUACAUCCCAUACCAAAGAGACACGUCAAGAACAUGUUGAAGCCAAGCCCAAAGCGAAGCAGCAACUAUCAUCUACUUGGAAGAACCUCUUUAAAGGUCCUCCACCUCCACCAAAGUGCAGAGGACACCAAGAGCCUUGCCUAUUGCGGACAGUCAAGAAGGCUGGACCCAACCUGGGGAAGCAGUUCUUUGUGUGCAACAGACCCGAGGGCCAUAAGAACAACCCUGAGGCAAGAUGUAAUCACUUUGAAUGGGUUACCAAAAGGUGAUCUUGAAUUAAGUCUUAUUUAUAUGCAAGUAAUUUUUUUCUCUCAGAAUGAAUCAUGUGGCUCUGGGGAGAUUUUGUUGAUGGGUUUUAGACAUUUUAUGAACCAGUUCAGGGAUAUUUUUCAAUAUCACAUCUCAUGAUCAAAUUAAUUACACUGUGUCAAGUCAAAUCAGCAUGCUGAAAUUUUGUUAGGUAUAUAGUAUGUAAACUCAAAACAGUGUUCAUCAUUAGCAUCAGUACUUUAUUUCAAGGUCAAGAUCACCCCCAAUGUUGUUGGCGGACAACACAUUUAAGCCUAUGCAAUGACUACCAAAGAAUGGUAAUUUUUAAGAUAAGUAUAUCACAUUAUGACGAAAGAAUUAUAGUCAUUCUUAUAUUCUCAGAGAUUUGUCUGAUUCAUGAAAUAAAUAUUCUCAUCUCAGUCAAAGUUCUUGAGAGAGGUUUUAGGUAAUAUCCACUAACCUAGAAUGAAUAAUUUGUGAAAAUCAUGAGUACCAAAGUGUGAUCAGUUUUCAUACCAUAUUUCAGUAUAGGAUGUUGAAAUACCUCCACAACAUGAAUUUUGUGGGAAUAGGUCAAAGAUCGCCAGGAUAUGACCUCAUGAAUACAUAAUUAGCCCCAUUGAAAUCAAUGUACAUGUAUAAUUGGCCUGGAUCUAAAUGUUGUGAACUAGGCAAAUAAAUGAUUUAUAGGUGUUCCCAUAAAAGAUAUGUUUAACACGUUCUUGUCUACUUCUUGGACUGGUUUCCCUAAAACCACUGCACAAAACCAGUUUAGAAGAUCACAUGUUACUAUCUAUUGCAAGUGGUGAUGAAUAACAAGUUACUGAUCACCUCAGGUGACUGUCCGAUAGCUGUGUUCAUCGCAAGUGAUGAUAAUAUCUGAAACCACCCAUAGUCAAAUCUGUUGUGACCUCAGGGACCCAUUGCGUUUAAAUGCAAGCCAAAAAAUCAAUCGCAAGUCCCAAAUGCACGCUGUUGAUUGGUUGAAAUUCAAGUUGCGCAUGUUUGUUAGAGUUGCGAUUGAUUGCAACUCUUUCUGCAACAGGCCCCAGAAAACAUAGGUACAGUAAUGAACAUGUUUAUGCAUAUUGUCUGAAGAAUCAAUAAUCCCUUUAACUUUGGUGAUUCAACUUAUGGAAAGUUGACUUAUAGCAGAUUUGUCACUUUUCAGCCUACUCUGCACUCAUUUUCACUCUGCCUGAUGAAAUAUGCAUUUUUAUUUAGCAAACAUUUAACAACACUUGCAAUAUUAUACAUAUUAUUCCAGCAGCAUCUAAUUUGUAGCAGCAUCAGUUUAUCACUGAAAAUAACUGUAUUUUCAUUUGCAUUAAUCAUUUGUAUUCUUUAAGUUGCCAAAAUAUGUUUGAUAAUGUCUGUACUAUAUGUGUUUUUGGGCAUUUUUACAAUGGUAGUGAAGUGAUUAUGAAGAAAUGAGAGAUAAUUAAUUAUUGAAUUAAUUUCAUAAUAGAAGAUGAAAUAGAUAAAUUCACUUCCAAUAAAUCAUAUUUUUAACAGUACUGUGCAAUCACCAUUUAGCACUGCUCUUGGAAAUAAAUUCCCUUUAUACUUGGAAUCAAAUAUAUACUCAGAAUGAAAUUAGAUCAUUGACUUUACCAUGAACAGUAAUAAAGUUUAUUUUGACCCUCAGGAGCAAUGUAGACAUACAAGCAAUAAAUCAUAAAGGAAUUUCAUAUGAAAUUUGUAAGACAGUUUAUUGGUAAGGAAUGUGGAUUACAAACAAAGAGUAUUUGUAAAUGCAAAACAUGUACUUGCAAAUUUUGUUGCAACAGUUGUAAGAAAUGGCUCCAAUCAUUUCUAAUGUUAGAAAUUGACGAACAAGAUAUUCAAAGAGAUUGGUUAAAGUGUAGCAAUGAAUGUGAUUUUGUACUUUGUACAGACACUGUAUUCAAAUGUGAAGGAUAGAAAUGCAAUACUCUUAGAAAAUGGAAGUAUACCUUUAUACCUCUAUAACAACCCUGUUUCACUUUUUUCAAUUCCACAAAACCGGUAAAUCAAUCUUUUCAGAUAAUAAUGCAUGAUUUCAUAAUCAUUUGAUUACCAUUCAUCUCUCUUUCUGUUAUAUACAUUCUUAGAAUCAAACAAUGUUUUUUAGCAUUUUUUCUAAUCUCUAUGAAUUAUCCAGAGUAAUUCAACUAUUUGAGAUUUACCCAUUCUUGUUCUGUGCACUAAACCAGUCUUGUAGAGAUCAAUGAUUAUGUGAUGUACAUAUUAAGUUACAGAAAGGAAUAAAGUAAUAUUCAUAAGUAAUUCAUAUUAAAAGAGAAUGUGAUUACUUGGAUCAUUGGGCUGUUAUUAGUUACAUGUCGGAAAGAAAUUUUAACUUAUCUUUGUUCCUGGAAGUUUCUGUAAAAAAAAUUGUGCAUCAAGAUUAUAGACCUAAUUCAUUGAUGUCAUUGCACCGCCAUUUUAGAGGCUGAAGUCGUUGCCUCUCUGACAUAUUUCUGUUUACACAAGGGAGGGUGCUAUGAGAUUAUUACAUCAUAUGCAAUAGAUCUACAUUUUUAAGUGGAAAACUUGUGAUUUUCAUUCUACUUGUUCCAAUAUGGAAGAAAAUCAUAAUUCACCAUUCUUAAAGCCUUAUUUAAAUAUGAUGAGAUAAAGCUGAGCAGCAUUAUCCAUAGUGGUGAGACAAACCCCACUACUUAUCUAAUUAAUAUCUAAUAAAUGUGCAAAUCUCAAAAUGUCCAGAAGUGUGCAAAUUUACGACAUAAUGAUGUCGAGUUGCAUUUUAUUUGAUAACCCAUUUUUCAAAGGAGUUUGAUUGGACUGCAGAUUAUUGUCAUGCUGGUAACAAAAUGAAAACCCCUUGCCUCUUCACCGUCUUUUUAUACCCCGCAUUCCAUUGACUUUUUGUACACAAAUAUGUUGCUGAGGUUUGUCAUGCCAUUUCAGAACGAGCCUAAAACCACUCCAAUGCUACCACUUUCUCGCCUCUCAAUUUCCACUUCACCUCUUUCAUUUUCAUUCCUUUUGAAUUACUUUCUAUUUAUAUCACCAACCCAACAGUCUUUAUUCAGGACUAACAUAAUGAACCAUUAAAAGUUUGUUCAUCUUAUCUUUACAUCCAAUGAUGGUUUAAUACUUGAGCUCUUUCACAAGACAUGUAUAUUCAAUAUUUCCAUGUCAGUUUCGGAUUAUCUAGUUCAUAAUGUAUGGUUAAUAUUGAAUUUGUAUAAUAGCGCACAUAUCCACUAGUCUGCUGUGUAAACCCCUCUCUCGAAUUUAGGGUCUGAAUGUGCAGCCUAUAGCAAAUUUUGUAUGGUCUAGUCUUUGUGUGGAGACUCACUUGCUGAUCAGAGUUUCAAUCAGGGUCUGUGCCUGCAGACAACAUAUCCACAUUGUUAGGUGCUCAAGUUGCUCCUAUAUAUUACCCCACCUAAGCUAGUCUACCUUUUCCGGUAGUCACAGCUUUUUGAGGAAUUACUUCCUGCCAGUACCCAUUUACAUCACCUGGGUUGAGUGCAGCACAAAGUAGGUAAAAUUUUUGCCGAAGGAAAACACGCCAUGGCUGGGAAUCUAACCCACGUCCCUCACAUUGAAAGACGAGUCUUAACCACUAGACCAUGAUGCACCAUUAUGCAUACUAUAACCAUUAUUUCAAUAGUAGCCAGCUUCUAAACAAUUCUAUGCACUGUAAAAAUAAUGUUAAACAGGAGAGAACCGCCUUUGUCCCAAACUGUGCACUGAUCCAAUACUGGCGUUCAUGUAUUUUGAUGUAUGUAUUCUGACAUCAUCUACUCCUCCCCCUUCCCCCUCGAUUUAAUCAGAAUUCAUAAGUUGAACACAUUAGUUACAUGGAAAGAUUGUUUUUAUAAAUGCAUCACUGUUAUAAUUCAAAAUGUUUUGAUUUCUUGUAAUUAUUUGUAGGUUUAUGCAGUUUUCAUAAAAAGCUGCCUGUAUUACUAUAUUUCAUGGUAAGAAUAGUGAGAAUUACACUGCUGGGAUUAAUCUCUGCCUUCACACUUUACUCAUUACACUGGCUUAUUCCACAUCCACAGAAAAUUAUUAAUAAUCAUAAGCAAUAUCACUGAUUCAUUUUGGUACUUACAUGGUAAAUAAACUAUUAAUGAUACCAACAGUGGAUAAAUAGCACACAAUUAUGACAUACAUGAAUAUUGUCACUUUUUGCACUAAAUGUGUAAAUGAUACUUUAUAAUAAAUAGCACACGAAUGAUUGUAUAUGUUCACACAUUACUACAGCUUACUACCGGUAUAUGCACAUGUUGGGUUUUAAAAAAAUAUAUAAAAGCACACAAAUGGUUAUAUAAAUACAUAUAGCAUACUUAACAUAAAUAUAUACAAAGCACAGAUACAUUUACAUUAAUAUGGUUGUUUUGUUUUGUUUUUGCAUUUAAAUAUAAAAACCUCGAAAUCGGUCUGGUCACCAUGUUGCAGGAAAUUGUCUUCAGGAUAUCCCCAAGGCCAUGCUCACAUUCUACAUAGCUUCGUCGAUAUUUAAAAUAAUUCUGUUUAAAUACACAUGUCUAGUUGUAGAUGUUCAAACAUUUAAUAGUUGUUCCAGCUCUAUGCAGACCAUACUGUUGUGUGAUUCUGCACUUACAAGGAUUGGGGCUAAGGCCAUAAUCAAGGGUCAAAGGUCAUUAGGAUCUGGAAAGUUCUUGACUCUUUACUGUACUGACAUGAAAGCUAUGUUUAUCAGCAGCAAAAAAUAUUAUCUUCUGCCUGCAUAUUAAAAGGGAUGGUCCGGGUUAAAAAUAUUUGAA